AUGCCCGGUCCUCAAAAGCUUGUGACUGGUCUUAAUGGACUCCAAUGCUGGUGCCGGUCUCAAGGUUUGGUGCCGGGUCUCAAUGCUGGUGCCGGUCUCAAAUGCUGGUGCCCGGUCUCAACGUUGGUGCUGGGUCUCAAUACCGGUGCGAGGUUUAACGCCAAUGCAGGAUUGAAAGCGAGCGCCGGACUCAACGCUGGUGCCGGUCUCAAUGCUGGUGCCGGUCUUAAGGCUGGUGCUGGUCUCAAUGCUGGUGCCGGUCUCAACGUUGGUGCUGGCCUCAACGCCGGUGCGGGUCUUAACGCCAAUGCAGGAUUGAAAGCAAAUGCCGGACUCAACGCUGGUGCCGGUCUCAAGGUUGGUGCCGGACUAAACGUUGGUGCUAGCCUCACCGCCGGUACGGGUCUUAACGCCAAUGCAGGAUUGAAAGCGAACGCCGGACUCAGCGCUGGUGCCGGACUCAACGCUGGUGCCGGACUCAACGCUGGUGCCGGCCUCAAUCCUGGUGCCGGUCUCAACGUUGGUGCUGGCCUCAGCGCUGGUGUGGGUCUUAACGCCAAUGCAGGAUUGAAAGCGAACGCCGGACUCAACGCUGGUGCCGGACUCAACGCUGGUGCCGGACUCAACGCUGGUGCCGGCCUCAAUGCUGGUGCCGGUCUCAAGGUUGGUGCAGGUCUCAAUGCUGGUGCCGGUCUCAACGUUGGUGCUGGUCUCAAUACCGGUGCGAGGUUUAACGCCAAUGCAGGAUUGAAAGCGAGCGCCGGACACAACGCUGGUGCCGGCCUCAAUGCUGGUGCCGGUCUCAAGGUUGGUGCUGGUCUCAAUGCUGGUGCCGGUCUCAACGUUGGUGCUGGACUCUCUUGA